CGAGCACGAACAAAUCCGAAAACAAUCACACCUUUAUAGAUCUCUACGUGAAUCACGCAAAUACCCCGGAUGUCCGGGGCUUUCCUCCUGUUUCCAUACAAGAGCACGCCGUCUCCUAGCAACUAGAAACAGCCAUGGCGGAGGAAAGAGAGAUUGCGGAGGCUAUGAUAUCUGAAAUCCAUAAAAAGAUUACAGAUGCCUUUGAUGUUUUUGACCAUGAGUACAACAAGACUGUGGAUGUUAGGGAGAUUGGCACUAUAAUUCGCUCCCUCGGCUGCUGUCCAAGUGAAGGAGAACUGCAUGAUAUUUUGGCUGAGAUUGAAGAUGAGGAACCUACUGGUUAUAUUAAUUUUGAUAGAUUUCUACCAACCAUGACUAAAGUUUUAAUGGAGAGGAGGUACAGACCUAUUCCAGAAGAUGUUCUUUUACAAGCUUUUGAGGUCUUGGAUCAAGAAAAGAAAGGCUAUCUUAUGCCAGAACAACUCACUAAAUUUAUGUCUGAAGAAGGAGAACCAUUCACACAAGAGGAAAUGGAGGAGAUGCUGUCUGCAGCUGUUGAUCCAGACAAAAAUGUGAUUCUAUACAAAGACUAUGUGACAAUGAUGGCUGUUGAAGCACCUUGAUACAGCUUGCUUUCACUGUUUUGAAUAUUGUUUUGGUAAUAUUGUUUAGUAUUUGUU